CAUACAGUCAGUCCAUAUUAAAUUAGAUUCGUGUACUGCUCUACUGCUAUGUAUAAUUAUUGAACGAGUACAUUUUGUAUUGAAUUGUCGACGAAAUUAAUCGUGUGUCAUAAAGUACCUACGUGUAAAAAGUUGAUAAUUUUUUAUUUUUCUUGAUCUCGGUUCGUUCCAUCGUAUAAUCAACAUGCGGUGGCAAUUUUCACUUUGUUUGUUCAUCUUGUGUUUAGCAUUUAUUCAAGCUAAACCGACUUCAGAUUCUUACGAAGAUCAUCGAUGGGAACAAUACAAAACCGAAUUCCAUAAAAAUUAUAAAACUGUGGCAGAGGAAACCCAUCGUAGGAGAAUUUUUGAGCGUAACGUUCAACGAAUUGAUCAACACGAUAAACGAUCCUACAUUAAGAAAAUCGAUCAUUUUACAGAUAUGGAUGAUAAUGAAAUGCCAAACAGUUUAUACUCGCCGAUGAAUGAUGAGAUUGAUGAGCCUAUGUAUUUAGAAUUGGAAAAAGACUUCGAUUGGAGACAAAAAGACGCAGUAACCGAAGUGAAAGAUCAGGGAGAUUGCGAAAAUGGAGAUUGGGCUUUCACCGUUACUGGUGCUUUGGAAUCAAAAUUAUUUUUAAAAGAAAAGAAGAAACUAAUUGAGCUUAGCGAACAAGACCUCCUUGAUUGUACUAUACCAAGAGGAAAUUUGGGUUGCCAAAGCGGCGAUGUAAAAAAAGCGCUCGAUUAUAUUAAUGAAAACGGAAUUUCGGCUGAGAAAUCAUAUCCAUACAAAGGAGCGGUUAACGACAAAUGUCACAACAACCCCAGAGAAGUUGCAAAGGGCUUAAACAUGAAAUGUGAUAUAAUCUCUUUCGAUCAGGAGUCGACUAUGAAACAAACCCUCGUCGUGAAAGGCCCUUUAAUGGCAAUAGUCGAUGGAUCUCUAAACUCAUUUUUAAAAUACUCGAAAACAGAUGGAGUUUAUCAGGAUGAAAAAUGCGGUAAAUAUGGAAAACACAAUGUUCUGAUCGUUGGUUAUGGCGAGACAGAGCCAGAAGGGAAGUACUGGAUAGUGAAAAACUCUUGGGGCAAAGCCUGGGGUGAUAAUGGGUAUAUGAAAAUAGCUCGCGAGAAAGGUAAUACUUGUGGUAUAGCUUCUAAUGUAACUUAUAUUGAAUUAUAAAAGCAAUAGAUCAUUUUUUUUUUGUAAUUUUAAUCGAACAAAUGACACUUUACGGUCGAGUAAUUCGCUAAUAUAACAGUAUUUUGUCGAUAAAAAACUAUAUGUGUAGGUAAUAGGUAUCUGUGUACUCAUUUUACAAAAUAAAGUUUCAGUACAUUUAUGA